GCUGAUAAAAAUUAUUCUUCUCCUCCGGUUUGAGGUUCGUAUCAACGAUUUACAGUCGACACACUCAAUCGACUCCAUUCAUUUUGCUUGGGCUAUGGUGCCGACAAAAUCGAACCCACCCGUCAAUGAGGGCGCAAACGUUGCCGGCUGUACAACAGAAAAAUCAGUAACUAUUGGAGAAUCGAGCACAAUGAGCAUUGAAGUGCGUACAAAACAUAGGAAUGAUCAGAAAUUGGCCGAAUUUAAAACUGGUGUUGUCGAAGGCGCUGCUCGUAAGCGAAAACACAAGGAAUUGGCCACACGGAAUGUGGGUGUGGUUAUUCGAGAGAAUAAUCAUGUCGUAGCAGCGGCUGAAGAUCUUUCUUCAGCCGCUGACACGAAGAAAAUGCGCUAUGAAAAAAGGAAGGCUGCUCUGGUGAACUACAAGAAGCUUGUAGUUAAGCCGGCGGAGGAUUAUCCGUCGUUGUUUACCAGGACCACGCCGUGUGCUCUCUUGAAGGCUAUUGGUGAGAUGAAUGAUCUUCAACAACAAUCUGUCGUGGGCUUGGGUUUUGAGCAUGUACUUGACCUGCCAAUCCAGGAUCUCCCGGGGAAACUGAGCUACUGGGUUUUAGAUUCAUUCAAUGGAAGACGUUGCGAGGUAGUGUUACCUGAUGGCCGGUCGAUACCAGUAACAGAGGACGAUGUUCGUAGGGUAUUAGGCUUCCCCAAGGGUGAUAGAGAUAUGGUGCUCCUCAACCGAGAGGAGAACACAGGAUUGUAUGAGCAAUGGAAGCAGCUUUUCCCGGGAAAAAAUCCGAAGAAUAUUAAGAUAAACGAGGUGAAGGAUGCAAUGCUCGCAUGUGUUGACGGAGGGAGGUGGUUCAAGAUUCAUUUCUUGAUUAUGGUUGCUCAUUGCCUGAUUGAGAGUACAAGCAACGGAUGUGUCUUCCCCAGGGUUAUUAAGUGCCUCGAGGAUCUGACAACUGUUGGCCAGUGGAACUGGUGUGAGUGCGUCAUUCGGUCUUUGAUCGCAAACAAAGGAGACUGGGAGAAGGAUACCUCAAAGAUGUACGUUGGACCUACAAUGUUUCUGACGGUGUUUUACGUGGACAGGGUGCAAUGGGCAAACUCAGACGUUCGCAGGGAUUUCCCACUGAUUAAGAACUGGAAUACCAAGAAGCUUAGGGAUAGAGAGUCUGAUGAGAUUGGUGCUGGUGAAUUUGGGGAUGGAAUCAUCAUGAGACCUAUAGAUAUUGUGGAUGUUGCUGACUUGUUGGCCAGCAAGAUUUCUCUUUUUGAGAGAACAAGAGAUGAUAUCUUGAACAUAAUCAAUUCUGCAGAUGAGAGCAUACACGCAUGUGAAGAUUUCAAGAAAUUGUAUGACGAAGCGAAGAGAUUGUUGUUGUAUUCACCAAUUCUGCUUACAAGUUUGCCAGUCGACAAGUUUCAAGAGCACGAGGAUGAAGGCAAUGUGGUUCAUGAGACGCUGGGGAAGACUCACAACAAUGAAGAGGAUUUCUGCCUUGGACUAACACAAAUGGAGGGCAAUGGUCGGAAUGCUGGUGCAAACACCGGAGAAGGGAAUGACAGUUUGAAAUGCAAGAGAGAGAAGGAAGAGGCUCUGAAAAAAGUUGUUGAGUUUGAAAGAAACUUGGAUGAGAAGCAGAAGCUUGAAAUGGAAAUUGAAGAACUGAAACGAAAGUUGGAGCUAAAUCGGACGAAUUUGGAUGAUCUAGAAGAUAUAAACCACGAAUUGUUUUCUAAAGAGCGCCAAAGCAAUGACGAGCUGCAAGAGGCUCGCAAGGAACUAAUUGCGGGUUUAACUGAUAUGCUGAGCAGCAGCCGUGUUAACAUAGGGAUAAAAAGAAUGGGUGAACUCGACGCGAAAGUGUUCAAGAAUGCAUGCAGGCAACGAUACCCUCUCGAAGAAGCAGAGAUGAAGGCUGCUGAACUUUGCUCCUUGUGGGAAGAGAAGGUCAAAAAUCCGGCAUGGCACCCGUUCCGAGUUGAGGAUAGCAAGGGGAAUGCUCAGCUCGUGCUGAAAGAGGAUGACGAAUUGCUAGUAGGCCUUAGAGAAGAGUGGGGAGACGAAAUCUAUGAUGUCGUUGCGACAGCCGUGAAGGAAAUCCAAGAAUACAACCCGAGUGGUUGCUACGUGGUUCCGGAGCUGUGGAGCUUCAAAGAAAACAGGAAGGCCACCCUGAAGGAAGUCAUUGCAUACGUUUUCAAUCAAGUGAAGACGCUCAAGCGCAAGAGAAAUUAACAAGAUGGUCAUCUCAGUUGGUGAUGAUUUGAGCUGUUUCAACUGUUAUGUUGCAUCAGUCUAAUUUUGCAAUUGUUUUGGGUCUUGAAGAAUACUCCCUCCGUCGCUAAAAUUGUGGACCAAAAGAAAUGGCACGGAUUUUUAAGAAAAA